AUGACCGAAGCAAUGUCAAGAUUUCAUCCGAUUCUAACUUCACUAUUGACAAAAACUUCUUCAAUAACUCAUCUGAGAUGUAUGACAUGCAAAGCAGCUCUGUCUUCGGCAGUAAAAUUCGAAAAUCAUCCGUAUGAUCUUCACCGAAUUUCUUCUCCUCCAGUCACCACAGAACUCACCAGGAGUGAUGCUCUCGAAAUCUAUAAGAAUAUGGUAUCUAUCAGGAGAAUGGAAACUGUUGCGGCCAGUUUGUAUCAGCAAAAAAUCAUUGUGGGUUUCUGCCACUUAUAUAGUGGUCAAGAGGCAUGUGCAGUGGGCAUUAAAAGUGUUAUGAAGCCAGGCGACACGGUCAUUACCUCUUAUAGGUGUCACGCCUGGGCUCUCAUGACGGGCGAACCUCUGGAAGCCAUAAUGUCAGAGCUGGUUGGGAAAGUAACAGGUUCUUCUAGAGGCAAAGGAGGGUCAAUGCACAUCUACAACAGAGUAUUUUACGGCGGAAACGGUAUCGUAGGUGCACACGUACCACUUGGCACCGGAGUUGCUUUAUCUCACAAAUACCUUAAUAAUGGAUGCAUAUCUUUCGUGGCCAUCGGCGAUGGAGCUAUGGACAACGGUCAAGUCUCUGAGGCCUUCAAUUUCGCCAAACUACAGAAUCUACCGGUAAUUUACCUCGUCGAAAACAACAAAUACAGCAUGGGUACUAGCCUGAGUCGCCAUUCGGCAAACACGGACUACUAUACCAGAGGAGAUGUGAUUCCCGGAAUAAGGCUUGAUGGAAUGGACGUUCUUGCAGUAAGGGAAGUAGGCAAGUUUGCCGUGGAACAUAUCAAAACUGGAAAAGGGCCGAUAUUAUUAGAGCUCGUCACAUACAGGUACUAUGGACAUUCGAUGUCGGAUCCUGGAACAACAUAUCGUACUAGAGAGGAAGUUAAAGAAGUUCGAGAUACCCGAGAUUGUAUUAAACAAUUCACAGACAAAAUAUUGAAAACAGAACUAGCUAAAGAAGAAGAAUUGAAAGACAUUGACAACGAAGUGAAAAAGAGAACGGAUAUGGCUGUUGAUGCAGCUAUGAAAGCAAAACCCCCUGGAUUGGAAGAAGUCACUUAUGAUAUUUAUAAGGAUUAUAAGGCGAAAGUGAGAAUGCCAUCUUGGAAUAGAUACGAGGAUCAUAAAAAUACAGUACCGCUGAAGAAUUGAGGAAUUAUAUUUUUUCAAAAAUAGAUUCCCAAAUACUGUUGUUUGUUAAUUAUAAUAUAUAUUAUUGAGAUAUUGA